AUGUUGGGUAACCUCACCCGCCAGGGUGUCUCCCGCCAGUUCUUGCCCCUCACGAACUCCAAGAGCACCGUCCUUAACAUCUCACAGCGCACUGUCGCUCAAGGAAGCAACGCCCCCGCAAACCCCGUCCGUUCUUUCUCGUCCUCCCAAGGCAACUGGGAUAACAACAGCAACAGCAACACUCACCACCUCACAGGCGCACACCAAUUCCAGCCAACCCCACACUUCGCCUCAGGUCAACUCGGGCAUCACCUCAACUCCUCUACCCAGCGAUUCCAGAGCCCCUUGACCGCUAGUCUCAACUUUAGAAAGGAGCCCAAGGACGCCAGCACCACCUCCGUAACCCGGUCGGCCGUCCCCAAAUACAAUGAGUUGUCCAAGAGUGCCUGGGAUGCAGUCAGCAGUCAUGAUGCCCACGCAGUGUUUCCCUACCUCCAAGAGAUGCGCCACGAAGGCUUUUACGCCGACUCUGCACUCUCGAACAAGAUUGUCGCCCAGUUUCUAGAUAUGAACCGCCCCAAGGAUGCCGAGCGGGCUUUGUCUAUGCUUGUUGAAUGCCAUCAUAGCCAGGGCAGGACGCUAUCGGCUGCCCAAAUCAACACGUACACCUCUCUCGCCAAGGACAUUGCCGACCACAGCAGUGAUUUCGCCCAGGCUCUCUCCCUUGCAAAGCUGCUCGACAGCCAUGGAUUGUCGGCCUCUUCAGGAUUCGCAGAUGGAGCUCUUCGCACAUAUCGCCAACUCAAGGUGACUUCGGGUCUGGAUGCUGUUAGAACAAUGGUCACCCCUGCCGACGUCGAGACUUUGCUCUCCCUUCAGUCUUCCCUCACCCGCACUAGCACUCGCUACAAGCACUUGAUCGAGAUUCUUUUGGACGCAAAGGAGAUGAAUGUCUUCCCCAGCCAAGAGUCCUGCUCCCGUGUCUCACUAUCUUUCAUGAAGCUGAACGAUUACACCGGACAGCUCGCUUGGGACACUGCUGUUCAGGAGAUCUACCCUGGCUACAAGCCAACGGUCCCUUCAGAUUUGGAGCAGGAAAUGUCGGCUAUUGAAUCGGCUCCUUCAGGAACAUCGAUCACCCGCACCAACAGCAAUGGCAGCACCAACAACAACAAAACAACUGGCAGGACAUCUAAUCCCAACGCUCAGGUUUUGCUCCGCAACGGCGACCCUUCUGAGGCCAUCAUCAGGGCCUGCCGCUUUGGAUAUGCUGCAGUGGCGAUCGAAGGCAUCCAAAAAAUGACCUCCGAGAACCAGUUACCCACAGCCCAGGCGAUUGCUGACACCAUCCAGGUCUGCGCCAAACGUGAGAAGGAACGCACCACGGACUAUCACCAGCUAUUUGACCUUGCUUGCCGGUCUCUUGACGCCAUUGAGGACCCCGUUCACAAGCGUGCGGCAGAGUACGAGGUCUAUAAUGCCAUGCUCGUCGCAAAUGCCACCCUCGGUAACAUGACCCAGGCCAAGCAGAAUUACGAUGCCAUCGUCAAACUAGGCCAGUUCCCCGAUGCUACUGGAUACGCAACCCUCUUGUUGGCCACAACCACCUCUGGUGCCGUCGACGAGGCCCACGACGCCCUCAAGAUUCUGGACGAGGUCAAGCGCCACGGCAUCAAGCCCAACAUCUUUUUUUACAACGUCGUCAUCGGUAAACUCUCUAAGGGCCGUAAGAUCGAACGCGUCUUGGAGGUCUACGAAGACAUGAUGCACCAAAAGAUCCGCCCCAACGCCAUUACCUACGGAACCCUUAUCAGCGCCUGCACCCGAGUUGGUUCUGAGGAGAUGGCAAAGUCGCUCUUCAAGGAGAUGGUCCGUUCGCCAAAUUACCAACCCCGUCAUGGACCCCACAACGCCAUGAUCCAAUUCUAUGUCCGCCAGAAGAAGGACCGCACUCAAGCCUUGUCCUAUUAUGAGGAUAUGCUCCAGCGUCGACUCACCCCUACUGAGCACACCUACACCCUCCUCAUCGAAGCCUUUGCCUGCAUCCAGCCAUACGACAUGACCGAGGCCCACCGCCUAAUCCAGUCCUUGAAGCGUGGACCUGUCCGUGCCUCGGAAGCCCACUACGGCGCCUUGAUUCAUGCCUAUGGUGUUGAGCACGGUGAUGUCAGUACCGCCGAGUCUGUCUUCCAGUCCAUGCGCGCCUCCGGCAUCACUCCCAAGGGUCCCGCCUACCAGUCCCUGAUCGAAUCUCUCAUCGCUAACAACCAAGUCUCCCGCGCUGUCCAGAUCCGUGACGACCUCCUCCAGUCCGGUCAGCCCUCAAGCGCUUACAUCGAGAACACCCUCAUCAAGGGUCACGGUCAAGAGGGCAAGAUCGAGGCCGCCGAGGCGAUCUUUGACGCCAUGCUUGAUCCUCACGGUUCCGUCCCAUCGUCCCUAUCUCCCAAAUCCAAGGCAAUUGUGAAGGAACCCUCGACCUACCAGAGUAUGGUCAGCGCCUACCUCGAGAACGGCUUGGUCCCCGAGGCCUACGAGAUCCUGGCCAAGAUGAGAGGUCAGCAUUACCCUGAGCUCGUUGUGAAGCCUGUCGAGGAGGCCAUCCAUACCGCUGAGGCCAAGUCUAAUGACCUGCUUACUUCCGCCACUGCGUAA